CUUUCCCCUCUGUAGCCGCUUGUGCCCUCCUUUCCUCGGGGCGAGGACGCGCCGGCAGGGCGAGAGGAGGCGAGGAGCCGAGGCAGCGCCGCGCCGUGCCCCCCGCCCCCGCGGGCGCUCCCCGCCGCCGCCGGGCUCCCGGCCCCGCACCGGCGCCGCGAUGGACCCCUGCUCCUCGCUCUUCAGCUACGUGUUAAUGCACUUGUUCGUCCUCUGCCUGCAAGCCCAGGUAACUGUUCAGUCCCCACCUAAUUUUACACAGCAUGUGAGGGAGCAGAGCCUGGUGACGGAUCAGCUCAGCCGGCGGCUCGUCCGUACCUACCAGCUGUACAGCCGGACCAGCGGGAAACAUGUGCAGAUCUUGGACAACAAGAAAAUCAAUGCGAUGGCAGAGGAUGGGGAUGUGCACGCCAAGCUCAUCGUGGAGACGGACACCUUCGGGAGCCGCGUGCGCAUCAAGGGGGCGGCCACAGGUUUCUACAUCUGCAUGAACAAGAAGGGGAAGCUGAUCGGCAAGAGCAACGGCAAAGGCAAGGACUGCGUCUUCACGGAGAUCGUCCUGGAGAACAACUACACGGCGCUGCAGAACGCCAAGUACGAAGGCUGGUACAUGGCCUUCACCCGCAAGGGCCGCCCGCGCAAGGGCUCCAAGACCCGGCAGCACCAACGUGAGGUGCAUUUCAUGAAGAGGCUUCCCAAAGGCCACCAGACCACCGAGCCCCACAGACGCUUUGAGUUCCUCAACUACCCCUUCAACCGGAGAAGUAAAAGGACUAGAAACUCCAACUCCAGGGUGGGCCCUUGACUUGCUUGCCCCUGCCCGCACCUCUCCCGGAGGCCUCUCCUUCCUCUGAGCUUGGUGGACUAUACGUAGAGACUUUCCCAUAUGGGUAUUAAACAUAAAAAUAAGGGAGGGAGGAGGAUAAAAAAAAAAAAAAAACUUACCUGCUCUAGUUGUUGAUAAUUUUGGGGGGGUGGUUGUUUGGUUUUUACAAAAAAAAAAAAAAGGAGAAAAAAAAAAAGAGAGAGGCUCUAUUUUUGUACUCCAACUUGAAGAGAAAUGAAACGUUCAAAGACUGGUGAAGGGGGAAGAGCCCUUCGCUUAGAAAUGUUCUAGUCUGUUUGGGGUCGUAUUUUUUUUUUUUUUUGUAGCUCUAGGGGUAAAGGAGAAAAAAACAUAAUCACCAUUUAUAACAAACAAGCAAAAAACAGAAAUCCAAAUCUGGGAGCGAUGUGCUACUUAAAUGAACUGAAUUAACGCUUAUCGGAGAAGAUGGAAAAGUCUGAAAAAAAAUUAAGGGAAGGGGAUUUAUUUCAGAGGUGGCCUGAGGUCUCCCGGGUGGGUUUUGUGUCCUGGGGGAUGUGUGGGCACUGCCAGGGGCAGGGGGCCGGCUGCGACGCCUGGGGUGAGGACCGCCGGAUGCUUUCCUUCCUUGGAUGCGCCCGCUUCUUCAGCUGAGCGAGGGGUUGCUGGAAGCCGCUUGCAUCCUUCCAGAAACGCUGUUGGCUUCACAGCUCCCAGCUUAUUUUUUUUCUCAGGAGGGGACAGGGGUGAUGGACGCCCCAGGGAAAGUCCUGAACUGACUUGGUACCUCUUACCCACGAGAGCGUCUUUGGCAUUUGGUUUGUUUUAAACUACUAAGGUGAGGCAGUGGGUGACAGCUGCCGUGGAGCAGGCUGGUAACUGUUUUGGUUUGUUUUUUUUUUUUUUUCCAUGUGGAAAAUGUGAACUUCUCACCAAAAACUGAUACAUUUUUUCUCCUGUUUAUAUUUUUUUUAUCAGAUGGAAUUUUUCACCCGUAAAAUUAAAAAAAAAAGUUUACAAAUUACUGUGGAGCCAUUUCGGGCUAGUUUUGUCAUAAUAUUUGGUUUGUGGUUGGCACUUCCAUUGUCAACUGUCUCUUCCAGGUUUGCUCUUUGAUGAAAUACCACGGUCCUUGUCCUCCUAGGAAAGGAGAGGUUUUCUUUCAAAACUUCUGUGUUGACAGAAGCCCAAUUUUCUAUUUAGAAAAAAAAAAAACAAACAAAAAACAAAACCCAAACCACAACCCAAAGGAGACAUUAAAUCUCUUGAGCGAACAUCCCCAGCCAGCCCCGCUCUGCACAUGCUG